GGUUUCGGGUUGUCAGGCAGCAGCGGCUGGGCUGCGGGGAGCCACCGGCAGACCGUGGUGGGGGUGCGGCUCGGUCAUGCCCGGUGUCGCGGCCUGAGCCCCCCCCCUCCGCCGCAAUCAUGAAGGACAGCGGAGACUCCAAGGACCAGCAACUCAUGGUGGCGCUCAGGGUCCGGCCCAUCAGCGUGGCAGAGCUGGAGGAAGGAGCCACCCUCAUCGCCCAUAAGGUGGACGAGCAGAUGGUGGUUCUCAUGGACCCAAUGGAGGACCCCGAUGACAUCCUGCGGGCACAUCGCUCCCGGGAGAAGUCCUACCUGUUCGACGUGGCCUUUGACUUCACUGCCACCCAGGAGAUGGUGUACCAGGCCACCACCAAGAGCCUCAUUGAAGGUGUCAUCUCAGGCUACAAUGCCACCGUCUUCGCCUACGGCCCUACGGGCUGCGGGAAAACCUACACCAUGCUGGGCACGGACCACGAGCCCGGCAUCUACGUUCGGACCCUCAAUGACCUCUUCCGUGCCAUUGAGGAGACCAGCAAUGAUAUGGAGUACGAGGUGUCCAUGUCCUACCUGGAGAUCUACAAUGAGAUGAUCCGGGACCUGCUGAACCCCGCCCUGGGGUACCUGGAGCUGCGGGAGGACUCCAAAGGGGUGAUCCAGGUGGCGGGCAUCACCGAGGUCUCCACCAUCAAUGCCAAGGAGAUCAUGCAGCUGCUGAUGAAGGGCAACCGGCAGAGGACCCAGGAGCCCACGGCCGCCAACCAGACGUCCUCGCGCUCCCACGCUGUGCUCCAGGUGGCCGUGCGCCAGCGCAGCCGGGUCAAGAACCUCCUGCAGGAGGUGCGGCAGGGCCGCCUGUUCAUGAUCGACCUGGCGGGCUCCGAGCGCGCCUCCCAGACCCGGAAUCGCGGGCAGCGCAUGAAGGAGGGGGCCCACAUCAACCGCUCCCUGCUGGCGCUGGGCAACUGCAUCAACGCACUGAGCGACAGGGGCAGCAACAAGUACGUCAACUACCGCGACAGCAAGCUCACCCGGCUCCUGAAGGAUUCGCUGGGGGGCAACAGCCGCACCGUGAUGAUCGCCCACAUCAGUCCGGCGAGCACCGCCUUCGAGGAGUCCCGGAACACCCUGACCUACGCUGGCCGCGCCAAGAACAUUAAGACCAGGGUGAAGCAGAACCUGCUCAGCGUCUCCUACCACAUCGCCCAGUACACCAGCAUCAUCGCUGACCUGCGGGGAGAGAUCCAGCGGCUCAAAUGCAAGAUUGACCAGCAGGCCGGGCGGGGCCAGGCCCAGGGCCAGCUGGGGAGGGGUGACAUCCGCCACAUCCAAGCCGAGGUCCAGCUGCACAGGGGGCAGGGCGAGCAGGACCAGAUGGGGCCGCUGCGGGAGCAGCUCAUCAGCGCUUUCCAGGAGCAGAUGGAUGUGCGCAGGCGCCUGCUGGAGCUGGAGAACCAAGCCAUGGAGGUCCAGAUCGAGACCUCCCGCCACCUGCUCACCAUUGCCGGCUGGGAGCACGAGAACUCCCGGCGGGCCCUCAAGUGGCGGGAGGAGCAGAGGAAGGAGUCCUACACUAAGGACGACAGCGAGAAGGACUCAGACACCGGCGAUGACCAGCUGGACAUCUUGGAACCACCUGAGGUGGCCUCGGCCCGGGAGAGCAUCGCGGCCCUGAUGGGCAAGCAGAAGCAGCUCCACAAGGAGAAGCUGGCGCUGGAGCAGCGCUGCCGGGAGCUGCGUGCGCGGGGCCGGCGCCUGGAGGAGACGCUGCCGCGGCGCAUCGGCUCGGAAGAGCAGCGCGAGGUGCUGAGCCUGCUGUGCCGCGUGCACGAGCUCCAGGUGGAGAACACAGAGAUGCAGUCGCACGCGCUGCUCCGCGACGGGGCGCUGCGCCACCGCCUGGAGCAGCACCGCAGCCUCUGCGACGAGAUCAUCCAGGGUCAGCGGCAGAUCAUCGACGACUACAACCUGGCUGUCCCCCAACACCUGGAGGAGCUCUACGAAGUGUACCUGCGGGAGCUGGAGGAGGGCAGCCUGGAGCGGGCCACCAUCAUGGACCGCGUUGCCUCCAGGGCCCUGCAGGACAGUUCCUUGCCCAAAAUCGCCCCAGCAGGAGCCACACUGACCCCAGACUCUGACCUGGAGAGCGUGACGACGCUGAGCUCUGAGGCUCAGCACCUGCAGGGCAGCACACUCCCGGCCCUGGGGACGGACAGUGACGCCCGCCACAUGUUCAAGGCCAGUUCCCGGGCCUGGCAGGUGAAGAGCUCCUCUGUGCCCACCCCGCCUCCCAUCCAGGGUGGCAGCCUGGUGACCCAGGAGGCCCUGCCUCCAGACAGCCUGGGUAGCCAUAUCACCUCUUCCCCAGACAGCAGCGAGAACCUGUCAGAGAUCCUCUUGUCCCACAAAGAGAGGAAAGAAAUCCUGACUGGUACCAAGUGCAUCUCGGUGAAAGCUGCCCGGCGGCGCUCUCGGGCCCUGGGCACGGAGGGGUGCCACCUGCUGGCGCCUGCCAUGGAGCGCAGCAGCCUGUCCCUGCACUCUCUGAGCGAGGCUGACAAUGCCCGGCCACCAGGCCCACUGGCAUGCAAGCGGCCACCCAGCCCCACGCUGCAGCACGCUGCCAGCGAGGAGAACCUGUCCAGCAGCACAGGAGAGACCCCAUCUCAGGCGGUUGGGCAUCGAGGUGGCGGCCCUGGGUUCUGGCUGCGCGGCCAGAAGAAAAGCCCAGGCAAGAAAAGGGAGGAGUCCCUGGAGGCGAAGAGGAGGAAGCGGAGGUCCCGGUCCUUCGAGGUCACAGGGCAAGGGCUCUCCCGCCCCAAGACACACCUCCUGGGGCCCCGGCCCUCAGACAGCACCUCGGACCACAAGACGCCAGUGGGUGGGCACCCAAGCCCUGGUGUCAGGCACCUGGGAAAGGUCACGCUGCCUUUGGCCAAAGUCAAACUCCCCACAGGCCAGAACACAGGCGCUGGAGACCCCUCAGCCCUUACUGUCCCCCCCAACCCAGCUGGAGUUUCCCGAAGGGUUACUCGUGGGCCCCACCUGCACCACGGGUCAAGCACGCAUGGCAAAGAUGGACGCUUCCGGCACAACUGAGGGGUCCUGCCUGGAACCAGCUAUUCUGCCCCCAAGGCUGAAUGGGGGGUGUAGCAGGGAAGGGGAAAUGGACCCUGGGCAUUGGGGAUCAUCAGGUGGAGCAGGAGCUCAGAAGGUUGGGGCUCCUGAGACCCAAGAGUUGUGGGGGUGUCUGCGCAGCCUUCCAUGCUUCCAGUGCCACAGGGAAGGGAGGCGAGCCCAGGAGGCCCCCCAGCCCUGCUCAGAACACUGUUGCCAAAACCCUGCACACACCUGGGUUAGUCUUGGCCU